AUGGCGAUACAGGAACAUUGUGAGAGUGUAUGUGACGGAGCUUCUGAUGAGCUUAACUCUUCUAGAGAUGCCUUUUAUCUCAAGACAAGAAAGCCUUACACCAUCACUAAGCAAAGAGAGAAAUGGACAGAAGCAGAGCAUGACAAGUUUGUUGAAGCUUUGAAACUCUAUGGCAGAGCUUGGAGACGAAUCGAAGAACAUGUGGGAACAAAGACUGCGGUUCAGAUUCGAAGCCAUGCUCAGAAGUUUUUUACUAAGGUUGCUCGUGAUUGCGAUGUUAGCUCUGAGAAAUCCAUUGAGAUUCCGCCACCAAGGCCGAAACGAAAGCCGAUGCAUCCUUACCCUAGGAAGCUAGUGAUUCCUGAUGCAAAAGAGAUGGUAUACGCUGAGCUAACCGGAGCUAAGUUGGUUCAAGAUGAAGAUAGCCGAUCUCCAACAUCGGUUUUAUCAGCUCAUGGCUCAGAUGGCCUAGGUUCCAUGGGUUCAAAUUCAGCUCUUUCUUCUUCAGCUGAUUGCCAACACUCACCGGGGCUUGAGUUAUCAUCUCACACAGAGGAAUCAUUGUCUCCAGAAGCAGAGACCAAACGAAGCCUUAAGCUCUUUGGAAAGACUUUUGUAGUUGGUGAUUACAACUCUUCGACUAGCUCUAAUGAUUCGGAAGAUGUCAAGAAGAAGGUAGACUUGGAAACGCAGUCUGUUCGAUGUUCUACGUCUUCUUCUUAUUCUGAAAACGCUGAAACAGAAGCGACAGCGGAGUUUAAAAGAAGCGAUAGAUCAGCGUUUUCUCAGUUGAAAUCGUCGGUGAUUGAGAUGAAAGGGUUCAUGCCUUACAAAAAGAGGAUAAAGGUGGAAGAACCCAUUGACAGUGUAAAAAUGGCAUCAUAUCCUUUGUGGUGA